CACUCAUCAUUCCCAAUGGUGUCGAUGAUCGUCAGCACAUGACCAAUACAUAUUCAAUACGAGCUAACGUUACAUCGAUGUUGUUUUCCUUCCUCCGCAGUGACACGGGAUCAAAUCUGACCUCAGCACCCAAUCACAGCUAACAUUACAACAUCGCAGGCACAGCUGGUUCUCACCCUUUCUUCUUUUCCGGGUUUGUUGUCCAGAAUAAGAGGCGGACGAGCUGUCACUCGCAUACGAUCUGUACCUGGGAUGUGACGUCAGCCGGCUGCAGCGCCGCAGCUUCCUGUGCUGAAGUGCGCAAAACGAAAUCACAAUACACGUCCAUGAAUGAAAGAAGCUACAUGAUGCUCUCCACCCCUGCCGCUGGACUUCUUCUACUGUCGGCUUGGAUUUUUCCAAGUUACGCGCUGUACUUCCACAUAGGAGAGACGGAGAAGAAAUGCUUCAUUGAGGAAAUUCCGGACGAGACUAUGGUUAUUGGGAAGUACAGGACUCAGCUGUGGGACAAACAGACUGGUUCCUUCCUCCCAGCCACCCCCGGCCUCGGGAUGCAUGUCGAGAUCAAGGAUCCAGAUACAAAGAUUAUCCUUUCUCGUCAGUAUGGGUCAGACGGACGGUUCACCUUCACCUCCCACACUCCUGGAGAACAUCAGAUCUGUCUGCACUCCAACUCCACCAAGAUGGCUCUGUUUGCAGGUGGAAAACUGAGAGUGCAUCUGGAUAUUCAGGUCGGAGAACACACCAACAACUACCCUGAAAUUGCAGCCAAGGACAAACUCACCGAGCUGCAGCUGCGAGUACGACAACUUCUGGACCAGGUCGAACAGAUCCAGAAGGAGCAAAACUACCAGAGGUAUCGCGAGGAGCGUUUCCGCAUGACGAGCGAGAGCACCAACCAGCGUGUUCUGUGGUGGUCCAUCGCUCAGACGCUCAUCCUCAUCGUCACGGGGAUUUGGCAGAUGAAGCACCUCAAAAGCUUCUUUGAGGCCAAGAAACUGGUGUAGUGUCUGUCCGAGUGUGGGCAGCAUCAGAAAAACGACAUAAAACACGAGAGGAAGAUAGUCUUGACUGAGCAGAACAGAGACGUCCACCAACAGAGCCACAGAAACAUCUUGGAAGACGGGUGUGAUCGGCCAUAAAUGGUACGAACACAUUGUCAGCAGCAGUUCUCCGUCCGGGGAAUUGGGUUUUUUUUUUCUCCUUUUUCCCGCAAACGUUUUAAGCUAUUGUUAUAUUUUUCCGUUAGCAACACACCGUUCCAACUGCCUUUCUUGGUGUGCUCUUCACGUUUCCCUGUUCAAGAAGAAGCAGAGAUGACAAUAAAUGAACUGAGACUGUGUUUUUUUUUUACAGUCACAGGAGCCAGUGGAUGUGUAACGAUGAGAAUGUUUAAGCCGUUAAAUAUAACCAAGUAACUUAUCGACUCCUAAAUCAUUUUUUUUUGGUCAUUGUUAGUGUUGCACAUUAGUUUUAUAACUACUGAACAUGAGCUUUCAGCUUUGGUCACACCUGAUUCCUCCCAUGCACAUGUUGCUUAAAUCCCUGUAUUUAAUAUUCAUAAGCGGAACAUAAACAUUCAAUAAAUGCUUCAUAACAGCCUGUAAUAUAGUGGCAGUAGAGGACAUUUUCGGUCUUAAUUAAUUUAUUGGUAAAAAGUUAUGAUUUCCCGGUCGAGUGGUUGAAACUGGGGAACAAACUCUUAAUUCAUCUUUAAUGACACAGUAUAUCAUAGCUGUGAUUUUAUUAAUGGCACAUAACAAACGCUCAUUGUGUCAUUAUCUAACCCACUUACUAGAUUUUUCCCUGAGCUUUCAGCCCCAUCUUGUGGCCUUCAUCAGAAAAUGUUUUGUUCAGUUGUGAUGGAGGCUGAAAAAUUUGUCCACAUGGCAAAUAACUUACAUUUUAACUUCAUGUUUGAUAUGGUGACAUUUGUUUUCUAGUAUAAAUUUUUCAAUUCAUUCACCGGUUAGAUUCUUAACAAAUGCACUAAUAAACACAUUUUCUUUAUGCGUGAUUAAACAGUGUUAUAAACCAUAUAUUAGGUGUUUAUUUACUGCUUAUGAACAUGUUACCAUCCGUCCUUCCAGGUCCCUGCUGCCAGAGCUCGGCCUGUAGACAGUUUGUGAUACUCGCCUAUGAUUAGCAGAAUUGUUCUGUGAGUUGUCAAUAACAGGUUUGGCUUAUUGACUGUCCUGUUAGGUUUCUGAUGCCUUUCAUAAGGACGGGAUGCUCAAGUCUUGACGUUUGUUUUUGAUUGUGUCAGCAGGUUUUUUUUGUUUGUUUAAUCAGAACGUAUUUAUUGAGCAGUCGUAGCCUGGGUUUUAUUGCUUUUUUUUAAUGAGCUAUUUCCAUUUCUCAAUGCUGCAAAGCAUUUUAACUCUUGUUAGUUUAAAAUAAGUUAUAAUCUGAAAGAAACAAUGAGGUCCAAUUUUAAAGUUUCUCUUUUUUUUUUUACAUGCAAAAUGUAGAUUUAGGUCAAGUUCUUGAGAUGCAACAUGUUUGGGAACUAAAUUCCUUUUUCACAAAAAAAGUUGUUACAGUAACACUGAAAGAAUUAAAUUUUUUCCAGAUGUCACCUGCAUGUACUUAAUAAAGAAAUUAUCUCUGAU